CGUCUGUCUGUCUCUGACUCUUUCUUUCCGGCUGGCCCCGGCAAUUUUGUGGGAUUUAUAUUUCUGGCGUAUUAUUUUUAAAGUUUGAGAAGUGUAAACUAAGUUAUUUUGCAAAGAACUGGAAAAAUUCAAACUAAAAUGUCUGACAUCAAGAAAAAUGAAAUCGAAAAAGCUCUCAAAAGUCAUAUAGACACAAUCGACAAACUAUACCUACGAAAGAUACAGGAAAAGGCGUUUCUUUGUUCUGCCAAAUGCUGCUCUGACCUGCUCAAUUCUUCUUCAGAGGAGGUUCAGGAUUGUGUCGAGAAAUGCAAUAAGACAUAUUUUGAAUCAGUCAACUAUUUUAAUAGGGAGAUAAAAAACUUUCAUUCACGCCUUCAACGAUGUGUCAAUGACUGCAGUGAUGCAGCCAAUGAUAAAAUAGGCACCACUCCAAAGCCCGAAGAGAUGGACAAGGCUAUCAAAAUGUUUGAAGACUGCUCCACCAAGUGUAUCGACAAGCAUAUUGCUUUUCUCCCUGAAUUUCUUACUAAAGUCCAUGAAGUUCUGGGGAAAACACUUAAAGGUGUAGUUUAGAGACGCCAAACGGGUUCAGAGUUAGACGCAUCAGCAACACAGACUUCAGUCUUAAGUUCUCAACCAAAUGUACUUGUUGACAUGUUUUUAGCGAAUUUCCCAUAUAGGGAAGUUAAUACAGUAAGUCUCAUGUUAAGACACUAGUGUUAGCACCCGGGACCGAUUUGCUUUUUUGUUUUGUCAAAUCAGGCGAAUGGAAAUUCGCCUAGUCUGCAGGUUUACUGCGGCAGGGGUAUUAUUGUUCUUGAAUAUGUUAAUAUUAUAACUUGGAGACCAGAAUAUUUGUUCAUUGUUGUUACUCAGAGAUAGAUUAUACCAUGUUACCAAUUGUGCCUCUGACUGCUAGGAGCCUACGCAAGGGAGGGUCAUAAUAGUAAAGUCAAACAUAUUUUGUUUUAUGUAUAUCAAAUUAAUAUCUGGAUCCCAGCCACGAAAAAUACCUUAAGUUUUUUGUGGAAUCCUCCCUGCUAUUUUGCUCCUAAUGAUUUUUGUUGUUGUUAGUUUUGUUAUUUGAUUUUGUUUCCUUUUUUAGUGAAUUCUAGGUUAAAUGUUAAUAUGCUGGUAGUUUUUGUCUCUGAUAGUUUUGAGAUACAAGUAGGCCUACUUUGUACCCUGAUCCUGUUCAUGUCUUAAAUAACUAGAUAUUUUUGGUCAAAGGCUCUAGGCUAGGAUUCCUAAUUAAGGUCUAAAGAGGAAGAGAAAGUUCAGCUUUGGAUGGUUUAAUAAGAGGUAAUGGUGUAGUGGUAAUAAGAUGAGACUAUUAGUUAAACCAUUUAUUAACACAAGUCUACUUGUAAAUUUAUAAAUAAACAUACCGUUUUUAUAUAAA